AUGGGCCAAAAAUACCCCUCCUCCAAACCCAUGACACUUCUGCCCUCCCUCGAAACCUUCCCCUACGGCACCGAUCACGUCCUUCAAACUGUCACAGUGGCCACCCUCAACAACGACAAUAAUGAAGGCUACUGGGUGAUUCUAAUCCACGGCGGCGCCUGGCGCGACCCAACCCAAACAGCCUUGAACUACCUAAACCCAGCCCUGGACACUUUUACCACCGGCGACACCACAACCCUCUCCCACCUCAAAGGCAUCGCCUCAAUCUCCUACCGUCUCAGCCCACACCCAUCCCACCCUCAAGACCCCCAAACCACAGAGCCCACACAUUUCCGUGCCGCAAAGCACCCAGAUCACAUCUCCGAUGUCCAGUCCGCGCUGUCCUUCCUGCAAGGGAAAUACAAUAUUGGGAGUAAUUACAUCCUGGUAGGGCAUAGUUGUGGUGCUACGCUGGCAUUUCAAUCUGUUAUGGGGAGGUUCCGGGCUCAGUUGAAGGAAGUAAUGCCUCCGGCAGGGAUUGUGGGAAUGGCGGGGAUUUAUGACCUUCGGUUGUUGAGGGAUACGCAUCGGAGUGUGAGUGCGUAUCAAGAUUUUAUCGAGGGAGCGUUUGGGAGUGAUGAGGGUGUUUGGGAUGAGGUGUCGCCUGCUUUGGGGAGGGGUGGGGAGGGAGUAAGUGAUGGGUGGCGUGAUAUUGGGGAUGGAGAGGGUGAGGAGAAGAGAUUGGUUGCGGUGUUGGCGUAUUCCGGGGGUGAUAGUCUCGUGGAUCCUACGCAGAGGGAGGCGAUGAAGAAGCAUCUGGAGGAGGAGUGGGUGGGUGGAAGUGGGAGAGGGGAGAGGGUGGUGGAGAUGUUGGAUAUUAAAGGGGAGCAUGAUGAUGCGUGGGAGAAGGGAGAGGAGUUGGCGAGGGCGAUUGCGUUCGCGGUUGAGAAAGUGAGAGGUGAGUAG